AUGAAACAUCUGGCUGCCCUCUAUGGAGGACGGAGUGCCUCUUCCGUUGUACCACUGGAACAGCCAAGUCGAAACAUCACGGCACUCGAUGAACUCUGCUGGAACACAAACCUGAUCCGCAAGCUCGCCGUGGAGCAGCAGUGGUUCGCCGUCUGUGGCAUCGUCUUCCCCGGCAGGCCGCCGCCAGGCUCUCCAUACGUUUAUAGUCCGACCCGUGAGGUCGCGAAGAAUAUGCGAAGUUACUGA